AUGAACGGUGAAAAGAACGUGAUCGAGUGUGCGUACGUCCGAUCGGAUAUUUUCAAAGCCACUUACUUCUCCACGCCGCUGCUGCUGGGUAACACGUUGCCGGCGGGUCUGAUCAAGUGUUUAAAGGUAAAGCAGCGUCAAUCGUUAACUUCCCGUACAUGGCACCCGGCCUGUCUUUUCACCAACUACACCGACCCGGACUCAGACACCUUCCUCACUAUCGCCGGCUGGGGCAGCACCGAUCCCAACGAUGUCAGCACCUCCCCGAUCCUUCUGAAAGCCAACGUAACCACCCUACUCCGAGAUACCUGCAACAGCACCCUAGCCCAGAACAAGUCCGGCCGGCGAAGUCCCAACGAGCUGCAGGAAAGUCAACUGUGCGCCCUGGGACGUAACGCCCAAAACGAAACCACCGGCGAUACCUGCGUGGGUGAUUCCGGUGGGCCGCUGGAGCUGGUCGACGGACGACGACGGUACAUCGUUGGUGUGACCUCCAGCGGGAAGCUGUGUGGGUCGCGGUGGCCGGGAAUCUACACGCGCGUUUCGCGUUACCUGGACUGGAUCGAGUCGAUCGUGUGGCCAGCUGGGGGAGUGAUACCACAUUGAUGGGAUUUUAUUAGAACAGACGUGACCUGAGAGACCACGGGGUGACGAUAUUUAAUGUGACAUGAUCAAUAAAGCGUAUACAAAUCUAUGAAUGUAAAAAU